AUGCAGAUCGGUGGCCCGAUCACGCCCGAGGCCGCGGCCUCUGCCGGCUGGCUCUCAUCGGAGCUCUGCCUCGUCGCCACUGCCGCCACUGUCGCCGCCAUCGUUGCCGCCGGCUUUGUCGCCUUCAAGUCCCUCUACCCGCGCAAGUAGAUCAAUGGAGGUGCGCCCCCGCCAGAGCCACCACACAG